AUGGCAGGGCACGGCCCAGAAGAGGCGGAAACUAUGGAACUUAUUGCGAAUCUUGACAUUGAUGGUGUGCCCAAGAUCCUCGACGUUUUUGAGGACUAUCUUUACGAGUGGCUCCGACGGCGAUCUACAGUUCGGGAAGAUGCCACUAUUCUGUCUGUCAUCAUGCAAUUAUUGACGAUUUUAGAUUCUCUUCAUGGUUGGGGUAUUUCCCAUANNNNGUAUGGUGGUCUCGGCUCUUGA